GUACCACCUUAUAAGGGGGACGCGUCCGCGCGUGCGCGCCCUCACGUCUGGUUUGCGGAGUGGCAGCCUGCUUUUUCUUACGCAGAUGGGCUCUGUGGCCUAGCGCCCCCGUGCCCACCGUCCGUGAUCUCACGCCGAGGCCCUCGAGGGGUCGCCGCCGAGGUGGGGCCCGGGCGGCGCGUGGAUGAAGUCGAGCGGCCUGAAUGGGCAGCAGGGGGCGGCCGGUUUCCACCAGCCCGCAAGCAAGAGCAUGGCAGCCAUCCCCUCCAGCGGCUCGCUCGUGGCCACCCACGACUACUACCGGCGCCGCCUGGGCUCCACUUCCAGUAACAGCUCCUGCGGAAGUGCCGAGUACCCUGGGGAAGCCAUCCCCCACCACCCAGGUCUCCCCAAAGCAGACCCCGGACACUGGUGGGCUAGCUUCUUCUUCGGGAAGUCCAGUCUCCCGUUCAUGGCCACAGUGCUGGAGUCUCCAGAGCACUCGGAGUCUGCCCAGGCCUCCACCAGCACGAUCACCUGUGACCUGGCUCGGGAAGCUGUGGGGAAGCAGCAGCCCAGCGGCCAGCCUGGCAAAACCACUGCAGGCCCCCGUCCUGAGUCACCAUCACCAGCUGCCAGGCUUCCUUCCAAGGCGCUAGGCUCAUCAGAGCCCUCUUCCUCCCCCUGCCCUGUACCCUCCCUUCCCCUCCUUUCCCCAAGACCAAGCAGGCUGCAGUCAGGGGAAGCAGUUUGGUUUUUAAUAUCAAAACAGCAAAACACCAAAAAGGAAGUUGAGAGAAUACCACUCUCUGCCAUCCGAGCCACAUGAACGCGCCUUCCUCACACCCCAUGACCCUGUGCCUUGCACCAAGUGGACAAUAAACUCCAGGAGUGAGCA